AUGGCUCCUACUGCUUUGGAACGCGAGGAUAUCGCGCGUGAUGCUGCCUUCAACCAGGCUAUGCACGGCAAGUCUGCGAGGGCUCGCGGUGGUUUGACUGCGUUGCGCGCCAAGGACAACGCUGCUCAGAAGGCCGCUGUCGACGAGUACUUCAAGCACUGGGACAACAAGGGUCACGAGGAAGAGACCGCUGAGGUCCGCGAGGCUCGCCGCAAGGAAUACGCUACCCUCACCCGACACUACUAUAACUUGGCUACCGAUUUCUACGAAUAUGGCUGGGGCUCCUCCUUCCACUUCUGCCGCUUUGCGUACGGCGAGCCCUUCAACCAGGCCAUUGCCCGUCACGAGCAUUACCUCGCUAUGCAGACCGGAAUCACCGAGGACAUGAAGGUUCUGGAUGUUGGCUGUGGUGUCGGUGGCCCUGCCCGUGAGAUGGUCAAGUUCACUGGUGCCCAUGUCACCGGUCUCAACAACAAUGACUACCAGAUUGACCGCGCCACUCACUACGCUGUCAAGCAGGGUCUCUCCGAGAAGAUGGCCUUUGUCAAGGGUGAUUUCAUGCAGAUGAAGUUCCCCGACAACUCAUUCGACGCUGUCUAUGCUAUUGAAGCCACCGUCCACGCCCCUGAGCUGGUUGGCGUCUACAGCGAGAUCUUCCGUGUCCUCAAGCCCGGCGGCAAGUUUGGCGUCUACGAGUGGUUGAUGACCGACGAGUACAACAACGACGACCCCGAGCACCGCCGUAUCCGCCUUGGUAUCGAGCAGGGUGACGGUAUCUCCAACAUGGUCACCAUCUCCGAGGGUCUCAAGGCGAUGCGCGACGCUGGCUUCGAGCUGCUCCACCACGAGGAUCUGGCUGCUCGCCCCGACGCCACCCCUUGGUAUUACCCGCUGGCCGGUUCGUUCAAGCACAUGGGCUCCGUCUGGGACUUCUUCACCAUUGCCCGCAUGACCUGGUGGGGACGUGGUCUUGCCCACCGCUUCGUCGGUGCCGGUGAGACCAUUGGCCUGUUCCCCAAGGGCUCUCAGAAGACCGCUGACAGUCUGGCUCUGGCUGCGGACUGCUUGGUCGAGGGUGCGCAGAAGAACUUGUUCACCCCCAUGUACCUCAUGGUCGGCAAGAAGCCCGAGUAA